GAAUUACCUGUAAGCGUUGGCGAAAAAUUGUGCCAAUUAUUCGACGAAGUCACGGAUAGAUUGUCACCUAUAAAAGAUAUUGAUUCAAAAGAUGAAUUAGAUGAUAGAUCUAAAAUGAGGCGAUCAAAUUCGACGGAUUUUUCCGAUCGAUAUAGACCGUAUGAGAAGUCCAACAGAACGCUGCAUAACGGCAGGGUUGGUCGCGAACGCUUGCAAAAUACAUCCAAUAGUGGGGAAAGGUCUCGUCUAUUCCGAGAUAUGCACACUAGGAAUUAUUCUCGAACUACACAUAAUUCUGGAACAACUCGUGAUUACGUGUCGUUCUCUACUCUCCAGGGGUAUACAAAUAUCCCACAAAGGGCUUGGCAGACUUUCGACUCUCGCUCGCCAUUUUACGAUCAAGUUACUAACGCGAACAGGAGGCCGUUUCAUGAUCGGGGAGGCAGGCGGUGA